AGACCAUCGUAUUACGUAUUUAUCGCACAGUUAAAGAUUAAGUUACGUAUUUAAAGGAUUAAAGAGAAUAGAUAUAACACAGUUGAUCUUCUCUGCCCAUAUUAUAUACCGUAUUUUGAGCUAAUCAUGUUAAGUGUUCGAUUGAAACGCAGUUUCAAUGAAUAAUCUCAUUAUGUCUAAGUUUAAAGAUUAAAUCCUUUAUGACGUACAACGUACUCCAAGUUUUCAGAAUAUCAUGUUUACCCGCUUUAUGCUACAUAAGUAUCCUGCAAUGUUUUGUGAUUUUGUUAAAAUCUGUCAAAGUCAAAUUAUUGGACGUCGUUAAAUGUAUGUUUCGUACAAUUUAUUACAGUCACAGUUUGCUUUUUUUACAAUGUCAUAUUCAGAUACCUUAUAUAUAUAUAAAUUUAUUUGAUAAUGUGAUGCAAAAUAUUUACUUUGUAAUGUCUUUAAAUGUAAUUGUGACACAAAGUGCACACUGUAUAUGGAUUUUAAGAUGAUGCCCUUACUACAGGGCAGAGACGACUAUACGGAAUUUGUUUAGUCUUUAUACUUAAAGUCAUGGUUUUUUUACCAAUCAAUAAUAGAAUAUAUUGACGCCUGAAAGUCAAGUUUAACUAUCAAAUCAUUAAAAGAGUUAGAAGUCGUCAUUGAAGUCACAUACCUUGUGGUUGUGGAGAACCAUGUUCAUUAAAAUAAGGAAUAAUUUUGAUAUCCUUCACGAGAUAAGAUUAGAUUAUAAAUUGAAUUAAAUUGAUAAAGAUUUCAUAUUUAUCUAUUUUAAAAAGAAAAAAAUGAAGAUCAAGAAGAAGGAAAGUGGAGGAGAAAGAAAGGGAAAGCAUACAAACAAGAAAAGCUUCAAAAGAAAACAGAAAAUGGAAGCUAAGAUCAAAGAAGAUGCAACACGGAAAAGAACCUUUGAAAGGUUGGAAGAAGAAAAUGAAGUAAAAAGGAUGAAAGCGGCUGACAGCAAUUUUCAACCUGAACAGAAGAUGUCGACAGAGAAGAGGGAGGAAGAAGACCAUAAAUUGACUCAGAAGGAAUGGAAUUAUUCGCUAGUAAAGGAUAUGAUGAAAGAAAAUAUUGAACAGGAAAAUAAAAUUGAAGAGAUGCAAUCUAGGAUGGAAAAGGAAAAACAGGAGAAUAAAACGGAAAUGGACAAAUUCCAAGCUCAGAUGGAAAAGGAAAAAGUUGAGAACUCUAAGAAAAUGGGGGAAAUACUCUCUUUAGUGGAAAAGGAUAAAAAAGAGAACAUAAAGAGAAUUGUGGAAAUGGAAGCAAAGAUGGAAAAGGAAAAAGAAGACAAUAAAACUAAAAUAAAGGAAUUACAAUCCCAAGUUGAAAAAGAGAAAGACAAAAAUGAGAAGAUAUUUGUAGAUAUUCAAACUAUGAUUGAAACUAGAAAAGAUCAGGAUAAAAAGUGGUUGGAAAUAACUGCUAAAGAAAAGAACAAGAACGAGGAGCUAAAGAAUGCAUGGAUAAAGUCUGUUCAAGCCAACGCUGAUCUGAUAAUAAAAGUUGAUAAAGACGAAAAGGAAACCAAAAUUCUGAAAAAGGAGAAAGAAGACAUGGAGAAGAGGAUAAUUACUCUAGAAACUGAACUGCUGACAGAACAGGAAGAAAGAAGACGAUUAAAAAUUAAAAAGAACAAUGUUGAAAUGGAAAGGGAUGAAUUGAGAAAUAAACUUGAAGUUUUUGAGAAGGAUAAAGAUGCUGAAAAGAAGAAAAGAAUUGCUGCAGAGGUUGAUCUAGAUGUGCAGAGAACAACAGCUGAAAAGGAGCUGAGAGAGUUGAGAAAGAGUUUGCUGCAAGCUGACAAAGAACUGAAGAAUGUCAAAGAGAAAGGAGCAAAGAUGAAAAAGGAUUUAGAAUCAGCUGAAAAGGAGAUACAGAAAAUGCAAGAGAAAAUCAAGAAAGAAGAAUCGGAAAAAAAUAAUCUUAUGUCCAGAUUAAAGCUUGAGGCUUUAGCCAGAGAAGAAAGUAGAAAGGUACUUGAAACAUAUAAAACUUUACUCGACAAGACAAGAAAAGCAAACAUCGAGACAGCAGAGAGAGUAAAACUGAAAAUGAAAGACAUGAAAACAGCAGCAGAAAGUUCCAGAGCCUUGAUGCAUGAGAAAGUUAGUAAAGUAAUUGCACUGACUUCUUCAAACGAUGAUUUGGUCAGGAACAUAAAGGAGCAAAAAGAAGAACUGACUAAAUGUAAAGAAGCACUAAUUGAGGAGAAAGAGAAGAAAACUCGAGCAGAACUUGAGAAGAAUAACACUAUUCGGGAGAAGACUGAUCUACUCCAGGAGCUAAAUGAGUUUGUCUCAUGUCCUGUGUGCCUGGAGCUACCAAGAGGAAACAGGAUCCCAAUCUGUAGAAAUGGCCAUAUCACAUGUGAUACCUGUUGCAGGAGAACAUGUCCAAUAUGUCGGGUGAUACUAUCCAAGGACAACCAAAACCCCCAGUUCUCAAGGCUGGCGCUAAACAUCUGUUCUCUUGCAGAGUAUACCUGCCUUUACCCUGGGUGUAAGGUGAAGGGGAAGAAGGAGGAGGUGGAGAACCAUGAGACGCAGUGCACCUUCAAGAAUGCUAACAAAAACUGAUCAGUAAUCCCCCUGGCCCCCUCACCUCUCUCUACUUUAUUUAUAGAGAAUCAUGAGAUUGGUUGUACCUUAAAAAUGCUCUUUGGGCAGAAAAUUCUUCGUAAAAUGACCCUUUCCCCUUUUCUUAGCUAAAAUUCUCUUUUUGUUAAAUGAAAAGUUGUUAAAAAUUAGCAAUUAAUGCUGUUUAAAACAUUAAUUGAUUCUUGGGAAAUGUCAGUUUGAAAAUUCUCACAGUAGUUAUUUUUUUGUAUUUUUUUUAUUUUGGAAUAAAUGUUUUUUUU